AAGGGGGAAAAAAAAAAUCUCGAAAAAAGAAGAAGAAGAGAGAGAGAUCGAGAGAGAGUCGGUGAGAUGGAGGAGAUGGAAGGGACGGUGCUGCGCCCGUCGUUGGAGAGGAUGAAGAUGGUGAGAUCGGAGGAGACCGGAGAGAUGCUCACCGAGCCAUUUCUUCAUGUUUGCAAGCUUAUCCUCCCUGUCGUUGAUAAAUUUGGUGGUGCUAUGUCGAUUGUGAAGUCCGAUGUAGGGGGCAAUCUAUCGAGACUAGAAGCCAAGUACUAUUCCGAUCCUUCGAAAUACCGUCUCCUAUACAGUUUGGUGCAAGCAGAAGUCGAAAGUAAAACAUCUAAAGCUUCUUCGAGCUGCACUAAUGGGCUCCUGUGGUUAACAAGGGAGAUGGACUUCUUGGUGGAGCUGUUCCGGAGCUUGCUAGACCAUCCCGACUGGAGCAUGUCGCGAGCCUGCACGGUGUCCUAUAACAAGGCCCUCAAGAAAUGGCACGGUUGGCUAACAAGUUCUAGCUUUCCGGUCGCGGUGAAAAUCGUCCCUGAUAGGAAGAAAUUCAUGGAGAUCAUCGGUGGAUCAGGUGAUAUAAAUGCAGAUAUUGAGACAUUCUGCACUACUUUUGCUCCUAUACUGCAAGAGAACCACAAGUUUCUGGCUAGCGUUGGCCUCGACGACCUGAAAUCUUCUUGACGCCGGAAGCCGCCUCCAUGUGAGCAGACGCCAACUUAUUAAUUCCUAAUUUACAUCCUAACAUUUUAAUGCAGAUUGUAAUUUAUCAUAAGCUAUCUAUUCCUAAUUUACAUCCUAACAUUUGCAACAUGCAAAUUGUAUCUUCUUUGAGCGCCGGCCCCUGGAAAUAGUCGUACGUAAAGCCAUCCACAAGUUAUGCACUGUUUAAUCCAAUUUAUGGCUUCUGUACGUUGUGAUGCUACAUGCCUGCUAAAGAAGUAGAAGGA